CGUCUCCUCCCUCCUCUCUGAUGCACGCGACACGCCCCGUGCUGCUGGCUCUGUCAAAAUCUUUUAUUUUGGUAAUAGCACAUGGCACCGCGAGCCCAUUUCAGUGAUAGCACUGCGCGCGAGUCUACAGGUAGUGUUCAUGCCGCGCGCCACUUAAACAUCUGAAACAUCAGGGGACAGACCGACAAAGGACUACCAGCUCCUCAUUAUCGCUCCAGUGUUUCAAUAUUGACGGACAGGGGUCGAAAAGCUGCUGUUUACUCUGUUUUUUGGACAUUUUUUUGUUGUCAGUAUUUGAAGUAACCUGCUGACUUCAGGGUGUGUGCUCAGCGUUUUGUCGAGGAGCUUCAACAGGUGGAGAAGGCAGCUUUAAUUAACCUGCACUCACAUUGAGAUUUGACAAGUGAGUGUGCUGGACAGAUCCCAAAAUGGCGCUGACAGUCAACCUAAUUGGCCCAUCACCGUGGGGCUUCAGGAUAUAUGGAGGAAGAGACUUCAAGAAGGCCAUUACUGUAUCCAAGGUCAACGGGGGCAGCAAAGCAGAGACGGCGGCACUGCAACCUGGUGACAUUAUCUUGGAGAUCAAUGGUGAAAACACAACCGACAUGCUGAACGUCGAGGCCCAGAACAAGAUCAAGAACUCCAAGACUCAGUUGAAGCUGCUAGUGGAGAGACCUGAGCCUGCUGGACCUGGACAGACCAACGGCAUCAGCACCCCUGAGCAGCUCACUGGACGCUUCCAGGAGGCAGUAAUCGUGAGUCGAGAUGAGAAUCAGAACUACAGAGAGUACAUCUCCAGCCCUGCAUCAAUGUCGCCAGGACCUUAUUCACCAAAUCCUCCUGCCAGUCCUGACGGAAAGAAAGAGAGACUGACGCCCACUAACAAGAGCAUCCAGCUGCGUUCAUGGUCUCCAGAGGAGAAGAGUCAGCGGCUGUCCAGACCCCCGUCACAGGAGUUCUCCCCUUCAGACUACAGGAAUAACUCCGUGUCCAGCAGAACCCCGACCCCACCAGGGCGCUACUCACCUCAGAGCCCCACUGAGCGGGAUGUGCCCACGUCCCCUCGUCGCAGCAGUUCGAGCUCUGAAUUUAACAUGCAGAGGUUCGACAAGGAGUCAGAGGUGUACAAGAUGAUCCAGGAAAACAAGGAGUCCCGCACAGCGCCUCGUCAGUCCAACACCUUUAAAAUGCUGCAGGAGGUCCUGGAGGCCGAUGAGAAAGAGGCAGUCGUGCGGUUCCCAGGGAAACUCUCACCCAACCCACCCCAAACCAGCACAGCAGUGGGAGGAGCCCGGAAAAACCACACCUGUGAUAAGUGUGGCACCAGCAUUCUCACGCUGGCCGUACGCAUCACAGACGACCAUUACCGCCACUCAGAGUGCUACACCUGCACGGAUUGCGGUCUUAACCUCAGGAUGAGAGGUCACUUCUGGUUUGGAGAUGAGAUGUACUGUGAGAAGCACGCCAAUCACAGGCACCAAAACCAAGGGAGCAACCCUCAAACCACUGUGUCCCCCCGCCAUUAAGUCUGCUUGCCUCCCACCUGCUCUGCUCUGCUCUGGACCGAGACUGCUGCAUGUCUACCUGAAGCUCCACCUCUCCUGACUCAGACAGACCUUUUAAAAUAAGGGUGUGGAGGUGGACACUGGUCAACAGCACAGCCCAGGAUAUGCUUUUGUGAUCACAUUUAACCACAUUUUGCAAUAUAAUGAUUCACUUUCUUGCCUUUCUUCUAUCAGUAUGAAAAUUGGGGCUUUUUUUUCUUUUGAAUAGCCAAUCUGCAACGGCCUCUUUAGGUCUAUUCUUAGCUCUAAUGAUGCACAGCUGCUGUGGCCUCGAGCCACAUUACAUUACAAUAAGGCCAGUUUUAUAAACUCCAAUGCUUUAGACACACUCAACAGGACCGUCUCUCUGACCCCGAGGGUCCGGACUAUCAGCUGAACCUCCUGAUGACACAAAGGGACCAAAAUCUCACCUACACUGCAUGCCAACUUAAAAAUGUACUGUACACAGAAAGUGCUGUGUGGGUUCAAGCUUUCACUUGCAGAGGUGUGGUGGCUUCUGCUUGACUUUCCUCUGUGUGAGACUGUGUGAGACUGUGUGUGUGUGUGUGUGUGUGUGUGUGUGUGUGUGUGUGUGUGUGUGUGUGUGUGUGUGUGUGUGUGUGUGUGUGUGUGUGUGUGUGUGUGUGUGUGUGUGUGUGUGUGUGUGUGUGUGUGUGUGUGUGUGUGUGUGUGUGUGUGUGUGUGAGAGAGAGAAAGAGAAGAAAGGUCUGAGUUGUUAUAGACACACAGCAGUUUGUGAUUUUGCGCUAGAGUCAGGCCAAAAGCCCUCAAGAUUUUCUACAUUUCUUUUUUAAGAAGAAUUUAUGAGUAGAAAUAAUGAAAAAAAUAUAUUUACUGGCUUGUUUUGCUGUUUUGUUUCUUAUGAGGGACUAUAGAUUCAUACGAUAUACAAAUAUUUUGAUGUUUUUGUGAUUGAACUGUAUUCUAUAAUAUAGAUCAUUUAAAGAGCAUAAUGUAUGCACAGUGCAUUUAGUGUGAGAAGAGUUGAUGGUGAUACUACACAUGUCCAGUUACAGCAGUACUCCCCGAUACACUAUGUUUUCAUUUCAUGUGGCACUUAAUAAAAUCGCACAACUUGAAGCUUC